AUGAAGUUCGCUAUAGCCAUAGGGUUACUACAACUGUUACCUUCUGCAUUUGGUAAACAUGGUGAUUCUUUCCAAAGGAGAUCAAGACAUAAUAAUCACGAAGGCCUCGCUGAGCGUCAAGUGAUUGAAACAAUCUACGAGACUGAGACCGUUUGGGUCGAUGCUUCACCAACUCAAACUGCUACAGGAGCAGAAACUCCCAUAACAGUGGCCGCCCUCGCUGCCGAGACUGUAUCUGAACAAUUGAGCGAUUCACAAGCAACUACCACUACUACUUCCUCCCAAGGCGUACAAACUGCUACUGGAAUAUACGGACUGUCUCAAGCUACAAACCCAAUCGACACAUUCGUUUCCUCUGCUUCGUCAUCUGAUGAUCUCGUCUCCAGCACCACAGCUUAUACUGCCGAUGUAUCUUCCACUUCAGCGUCUCUGGGUAUCAGUGUCAACGUUUCCGCUGGGAUCAAUUCUACCUCUGAUUCUGAUUCUGUCGAAGUCAAAGCUGCUUCAUUCGACGGCAGUUGGGGAAACUUGGGAGGUGGUGGUCAACAAUCUUCAACAGGAUCAAACGACAAGAAAGUUUUCGCACAUUUCAUGAUCGGUAUUGUCCAUGGAUAUGUCUUGAAUGAUUGGUUGGAUGAUAUUGCAUUAGCUAAAUCGAAAGGUAUUGAUGGAUUCGCAUUAAAUAUAGGACUAGAUUGGUAUUCACAAGAUCAAUUAGAUCUAGCUUAUGAAGCAGCAAAACAAUCUGGUGAUUUCGUUUGUUUCAUCUCAUUCGAUUUCAAUUGGUAUACAACAACAAAUGUCACUGGUGUAGCGGAAAUGAUGAAAAGAUAUAACAAUCUGCCUGCUCAAUUGAGAGUAGAUGGGAAACCUUUCGUAUCUACUUUUAUAGGUGAUGGAUUCGAUUGGUCAGCUGUAGCCAAAGAAGUUGGUGAAGAAAUUUACGCUGUUCCGUUUUGGGCGCCAACUCAAGAAAACGCAAAUAACGCUGGAUUAAGUGGUUUAUUCUCAUGGACCGCGUGGGCUAGUAAAGAUAACAAGCCCAUCAACGAACCACUCACCACUGUUCAAGAUGAAGCUUAUCUCGAUGUAGUUGGAAAAGCGAAUAAAGUUUACAUGGCUCCUGUAUCAUCUUGGUUUUUCACUCAUUUCGGUAAAGAAGUCCCUUGGUCCAAGAACUGGUUAUUCAGAUCAGAAAAUUUAUGGAAAUAUCGUUGGGACCAAUUAUUACAAAUGGGUGAUAAUUUGAAAUUCAUCGAGAUCGUCACAUGGAACGACUAUGGAGAAUCUCAUAAUGUCAGACCAUGGGGAGGUAAUCAUACAGAUGAUGGAUCUUCAAAAUGGUCAGAAGGUUUAGAUCAUUCCGCAAUGUUAGAUUUAUCAUUACCUUAUAUAAAAGCUUGGAAAGCAGGUAAAAAAUCACCUGUGAUUGAAAAAGAUCAAUUGUUCUACUGGUACAGACCUCAUUUGAAAUCUGCGAAUUGUGAUGACACAGAUAACUUUGGAAGUAAACCUGAAGGAUGGGAAUUCGUCGCAGAUACAGUAUUCGUAACUACAAUGACCAAAUUAGGAGGUACAGUCAAAAUCACUUCAGGAUCAAAUGCCCCCGUGUUCAAAAUCGUCAAACCAGGCGUACAAUCGAUCGAGAUUCCAAUGGGAGUGGGUGAACAGAAAUUCGAAUUUUUGACUUUGACCAGCGGAUGGAAAAAAGGUGUAUCAACUGUUGAUAUUAGUGAUAAGUGUUGGCCGACAAAAGAGUUUGCUGGAAUAUACAAUUACAAUUACCAUUCUGGUGUUCUUGAUUGUUAA